AUGAAAAAUAUACUUUCGCUGGUAGAGAAAAAUAAAAACGCCAGCAAGUCUGGUUCUAGUGGAUUAGGAAAUGAAUUAAAUGGGGUGAACAAUAAUUCUUUAAUGAUGGACGACAUGAACAACAAAAAAAGUGAUGUGGAGUUAGUCCAUAUGGAGCAUGCCCCGGGUUCGGCUAGUCCAGAAGACGAGAAUAAUGUGGAAAACAUGAUGUUGAAUGCUACGCUAGACGCGAAAGAGGCCGACGAAAGCGAAAGAACGAUGCCACUUUUGAAAGCAUUGAAAACAUACCCCAAGGCUGCUGCAUGGUCAUUGUUGGUUUCGACAACACUGAUUAUGGAAGGUUACGAUACGGCAAUUUUGGGUUCAUUUUAUGCUUUACCGAUUUUUCAGAAGGAAUUCGGUUCCCUAAAUUCUAAAACAGGUGAGUAUGAAAUCUCGGUGUCUUGGCAAAUUGGUUUGAGUUUAUGUUACGUGGCUGGUGAAAUUGUAGGUUUGCAAUUGACGGGUUAUUCGGUCGGCUUCAUGGGUAAUCGCUACACCUUAAUUUUAUCAUUGCUGAUGCUCGGUGCUUUUACCUUUAUUCUUUAUUUCUGCAAAAGUUUGGGAAUGAUUGCUGUGGGACAGGCAUUGUGUGGUAUGCCUUGGGGUUGCUUUCAGACCUUGACAGUUUCUUAUGCGUCUGAAAUAUGUCCUUUGGCCUUGAGAUAUUAUUUGACAACAUACUCAAAUCUGUGUUGGCUAUUUGGCCAACUUUUUGCUUCUGGAAUAAUGAAAAACUCCCAAAAUAAUUAUCCUAAUUCGGAACUUGGCUAUAGAUUACCAUUUGCCCUGCAAUGGAUUUGGCCCGUCCCUCUGAUGGUAGGUAUUUUUUUGGCACCCGAAUCGCCCUGGUGGCUAAUGAAGAAAGGAAGAAUCGACCAAGCGAGAAGAUCGCUCGAGAGAACGUUGAACGGUAAAGGUAUUGAAAAAGAGGUCAUGAUAACUAAGGAAUUAGAAAAAAUCAAACUUACAAUCGAAAAAGAGCAAAAGUUGAAAGAUAGCGAAGGUAGUUACCUGGACUGUAUUCGGGAUAAAAUCAGUCGGAGAAGAACAAGGGUCACAUGCCUGGUAUGGGUUGGACAAGCUACUUGUGGUUCUGUAUUGAUCGGAUACUCUACUUAUUUUUACGAAAAAGCUGGUGUCAGUACCGAGACGGCUUUCACUUUUAGUAUCAUCCAAUACUGUCUGGGUAUCGCUGCAACUUUCGUAUCUUGGUGGGCAUCGAAGUACGUUGGAAGAUUCCAGCUUUACGCGGUAGGUUUGGGUUUCCAAGCAGCCAUGUAUUUUAUUAUAGGUGGGCUAGGAUGCUCGGAUACGAAGGGGUCACAAAUGGGAAGUGGUGCACUUUUGAUGGUUGUCAACUUCUUCUAUAAUUUGGGAAUUGGGCCAGUGGUCUAUUGUCUUGUGUCAGAGCUACCAUCUUCUCGAUUGAGAACAAAGACUAUUAUUUUGGCUCGUAAUUCUUAUAAUUUGACUCAGAUUGUGACUAUGGUCUUGGCUUUGUAUCAAUUAAACUCAGAGAAAUGGAAUUGGGGAGCAAAGUCGGGAUUUUUUUGGGGAGGCUUUUGUCUUGCGACUUUAGCAUGGGCCAUCUACGACCUACCUGAAACUUCAGGAAGGACCUUUGGGGAAAUAAAUGAACUUUUCAGGCUUGGUGUUCCAGCAAGAAAGUUUAAAACGACAAAGGUGGACCCAUUCACAAUUACAGCAGCAGAGGAGGAUCUCAAUGAUGAAGAAAGAAAAGCUUCCAUGGAAUCAUUCUUUGAAGCAGAAAAUAAUGCUCAGCCACCUGCUUCUGAAAUUUGA